UUGUCUUGCAAAAUGUUGCCCUGGAACCCAAAUAAGUUUGAUAGACGGCACUGAAAGAAAUUGUGUGGAAAAUAUGUUCAAUGUGACGAAAUUAGAAGAUUUUGAAGUGAAUAUUUACAAUAAGGAUGUGGUGAAGAAAAUAAGUAAGACAGGAGAAAGUUUGAAGAGCUUUAGGUUUGUGUAUAGCGAUGCUUUUAACGGAGCGCUAGAGAUGAAGAGUUUGCAAACUGCGGAGUUUUAUAUUUUGGAGGACGGUAGCACAGCCCUCCGUAAACGCAACUACCUGAACCAAUGGCCCUACCCCCUAUGGAACUACACGAGGCACUGUAUAGAGGUACAAGCGAUAAGAAAAAAUGGCGUCGUUGACUCUGUCGGGUUGAUACAUCGCGUUAUACUUGAGAGGAAGAGAGACGGGAAUGUUAUGGAGUUCGUCGUUGCGUCUGCUAUGCUGAUAUCCUGCCUCUUCCUCCUCCUGACCCUACUGGCCUACUGUGUGCUUCCGCAAAAGAGGAACCUCCCAGCCCUCAUGCUGAUGGCGCUGGUGACAUGUCUGACGACCACAUUCCUGUUUAGAGCUGUUCAGGUGUUCACUAUGAGGCCAAAACCUCCGAGGAAGAUUGUGUGCAAUUUUAUAGGUCUUGUGCUGUAUUAUUCGCUGUGGGCCUGUUUCACGUGGAUGAACGUGAUGUCCUACGAUAUGUGGAGAAAUUGGACUAGCGCAUGCAGUCACCGUUGGCAGCCUCACAGCAAGAUCACCACCAAAUUCUGGUGGUACAGCACAUACGGUUUCGGCGUACCCUUGGUACUGAUGGCUUUCACAGUCGGUAUAGACUAUGCUGACCUUACAUCGGUGCCCGAGAUCGUGAAGCCACAUUUUGUGAACGGGAAUUACUGCUAUUUUGAGACCCAAAGCGAGCGCCGGCUCUACGUGACUGGUCCCAUCCUGGUUGCCACUAUUAUAAACAUCAUCUUCUUCAUUUUGACGGCGAGAUACAUCUCUCAGAACAGUGCCAAGCCUGGAGGAACCGGGGAUAGCAGGAACACCAAGAAAGACCAGAACAGAUUCGUAAUCUACCUGAAGCUGACGGUGAUCACAGGCAUCAGCUGGCUCUUAGACGUCAUGGCAGAGUUUAUUGAGCCUCAGCAUUGGGGCUGGCUGAUAGUGGAUAUCCUCAAUUCUUUGACUGGAUGUUACAUCUUCUGGGCUUUCAUUUGUAAGAAGGAGAUGAUCGUGCUACUUUUCAAAAGAUUCAAGAUAAAAACGAGUUUCGCGCGUCAAUGGGAGUCUACAGUGGUGACAAGCGUCUCUGUGACGAAGAGACAGUUGUCAGAAAAAGAAACACCGACCGAGCAGAAACCAGAGUUCUUUUCUGACAAACCAGGGUUCAACAGAAAGUUCUAAAACUAUGUAUAAUACCCAGACAUUUAAACCCCACACUACUUGUACCCAG